GCCGAGCCGUCGAGUCGGCAAGGCAAGGCGAACGGCUGUAGCAGACGAAACGAAGGUUGUCCAGUCCAGUACUCCGGGCGCUCUCUUCCAAGCGGUUCAAUUUCGCACUUCGCCGGUCCAAUCAUGAAGCUCGCCGAGGAACUGUCAUGGAAAAAGCUGAAGGAGACCCACGCUGCCGUCGGCGAGAAACUCAACAUCAACCAGUUGUUUAAGGACGAUCCCAAGCGGUUUGAGAAGUAUAGCUUGACUUUGGACACUCCCAAUGAUGGCCCUAUCCUUCUUGACUACUCCAAGAACCGCAUCAAUGAUGAAAUUCUGGCUCAGCUUCUUCAACUGGCCAAGGAAAGGAAAGUGGAGGCCAUGCGUGAUGCCAUGUUCAAGGGUGAGAAGAUCAACUUCACUGAGGGCCGUGCUGUCCUGCACGUUGCUCUGCGUAACAGGAAGAACACUCCAAUCCUUGUCGACGGCAAGGACGUCAUGCCUGAUGUAAAUGCCGUUUUGAGCCACAUGAAGGAAUUCUGUGGUCAGGUUAUUAACAAGGAAUGGAAGGGCUACACUGGAAAGCCUAUUGAGGAUGUUGUUAACAUUGGUAUUGGUGGUUCUGACCUGGGACCUUUGAUGGUCACUGAGGCCUUGAAGGCUUAUGCUGUUGGCCCCCGAGUUCACUUUGUCUCCAAUGUGGACGGCACCCACUUGGCCGAAACCCUCAAGAAGCUGAACCCUGAGACAGCUCUGUUUAUUAUUGCCUCUAAGACCUUCACCACCCAGGAGACCAUCUCCAAUGCCACAUCUGCCAAAGAGUGGUUCCUAACUUCUGCUAAGGACCCAAGUGCAGUUGCCAAGCACUUUGUUGCACUUUCAACAAACGGACCUAAAGUGAAGGAGUUCGGUAUUGAUGAGCGCAACAUGUUUGGCUUCUGGGAUUGGGUUGGUGGCCGGUAUUCUCUUUGGUCCGCCAUUGGUCUAUCUAUUGCCCUUUACAUUGGUUUUGACCGCUUUGAGCAAUUGUUGGCUGGAGCUGACUACAUGGACAACCAUUUCCGUACUGCUCCUCUGGAGAAAAAUGCUCCUGUUCUUCUUGCCCUGCUCGGUGUUUGGUACCACAACUUCUAUGGAGCCGAAACCCAUGCUCUUCUUCCAUAUGACCAAUACCUGCACAGAUUUGCUGCUUACUUCCAGCAGGGUGAUAUGGAAUCCAAUGGAAAGAGAGUAACCCGAAGCGGAGAUGCCGUAAACUACAGCACUGGCCCUGUUGUGUGGGGUGAGCCUGGUACUAAUGGGCAGCAUGCCUUCUACCAGCUCCUGCACCAAGGAACCCGUGUGGUGCCCGCCGACUUCAUCGCCCCCGCCCAGACCCUCAACCCCAUUCGCGGAGGCAUGCAUCACAAGAUUCUUUUGGCCAACUUCCUGGCACAAACUGAAGCUCUGAUGAAGGGAAAGACUUCUGAAGAGGCAAAGAAGGAGCUUGAAGCCUCUGGCAUGAAGAGCCCUGAUCUGGAGAAGAUUUUACCCCACAAGGUGUUCCCUGGAAAUCGGCCAACCAAUUCCAUUGUUGUCAAGAAGAUUACUCCUUUCACCUUGGGAGCUCUGAUUGUUAUGUAUGAACACAAGAUUUUCACUCAGGGAGUCAUCUGGGACAUUAACUCCUUUGACCAGUGGGGAGUUGAGCUUGGCAAGCAGCUUGCUAAGGCUAUUGAACCUGAACUUGUGGACAACACACCUGUCUCAUCUCACGAUUCUUCCACAAACGGAUUGAUCAACUUCCUCAAGAAGCAGUGGUAAAGACAUCAGAGUGUGGUAAAGAGGGAAGAUCCAGUCAUAUUGAAUAUUCCAAGAUGCAAAGAAGCUCUUGUAACUGUAGGAUUCACUUUUGUUUUAUUUUGAUUUGUGGAAUGCAAUGAUAUUACCAAUCAACUGAAGUUCAAACCAUAUGAUGGAGUCAAUUGAACAUCUUGUCUUAUCCCGUAUUCCAUAGCAAUAAUGGUCGAAAGAUGCACUGCAGUUAGUGUUUUAGCAGUAACAAUCAGUACAAGUCAUGAUAUAAAUGAUAAGAAGUGCUUCAUUUUCUGCUGUGCUCCACUUCAUGUAUGUAAUUUUUGAUUUAAGCAUCACUCAUAUUUUAGGAUUGUACUUAGAAGUGUGAGCCCAUUUUAUUGAUGAAAUCCAAAGUGAUAUUGCAAUUAUUCUGAAUGCAUUAUAUUGAUAACAGACAAAUAUUUUACUUGUACUCCAGUUAGUCUAGGUCAUGUGCAGCUAUGAGCUGCUGAUUUAGUAACACCUGUGAUUCCGUUUUGAUUCUGUUUUUGUUUUAAUUAUUUUUAUUGUUGCUGUUGUGAAAGGAGAGAAAAUUGACCUGACCUCCAUUCUCAUUUCGCUCUGUAAGAACUGCCAUGUUGUUUAGCAUUUUAUUCCUGUUAUUUAUUUUACAAAAAUAUUUUUAAUUUUUCAGAGCCAAAGGAUGUUUGUUUGAAAACCUUUUGUCAUUUGUGGCAGGGUUCAGGGACAAUAAAAGUUCAUUGCUGGCAUA